AAUGUACGUCUCGAUUCCCACCUUUGCCAUAUUUACUAUUGAUUCUCUCACAAACAUCCGAGUUUGUGAGAAGGAAACCGCUCAGUGUUGUUGUUGAUCCAAAUUUACAAAAGAUCUAGGAGGCUGUGGCGAAUAAUAAUAGUAGGAGAAGACCAGAAGCUUGAAGGGAUCACGGUACGCGGUGGUAGAUUGGAGGAUGGGAGGAGAGGCGGGAGCGCCUACGCCCCAGGGGCCGCCGGUGGUUCCGACCGCACCGCCGUCGGUGCAGAUGCAGAUGCCGAUGCCGAUGCCGAUGCCGAUGCCGACGGCUGCUGGGUUUGGAGACGUCCACCCGACUCACCCGCCCCUCGAGCAGCUUCCCAAUCUUCAGUUUUGCCUCCAUUCCAACCCUUCGUGGCCUGAAAUGUUUGCACUUGCGUUCCAACACUACAUAGUUAUGUUGGGAUCAAUUGUCAUGCUAGCUUCUUUUCUCGUCCCUCUGAUGGGUGGAAACCAUGGAGAUAAGGCACGUACUAUUCAGACACUCCUGUUCAUGAGUGGGAUUAAUACCCUUCUCCAGACAUUGAUCGGAACACGGUUACCCACUGUGAUGAACUCAUCUUUUGCGUUCAUCAUCCCUGUCAUGUCAAUUAUCAGAGACUUCAAUUCACGGGCCUACAAUGAUGAACACCAGAGAUUUGUCCAUACUACGAGAACCAUUCAAGGAGCACUGAUAAUUUCUUCGUUCGUCAACAUAUUUAUUGGGUACACCAGAGCAUGGAAAAAACUCUUCAGGUUCUGCAGUCCUGUGACUAUAGUUCCUGUAGUUUGUGUUGUGGGUCUUGGACUGUUCGAGCGAGGCUUCCCUCAGCUAGGAAAAUGUGUUGAAGUUGGAUUGCCAGUGCUGAUAUUGUUAGUAUUAUUAGUUAUCGCCCAACAGCAUACGAAGCAUGUUAAUGAGAGAGCUUACUUUGUGCUUGAGAGGUUCUCAAUCAUUUUCUGUGUCAAAAUUGUAUGGGCUUUUGCUGCUAUUCUUACUGCUGCUGGUGCAUACAACAAUGUCCCCGAGAAGACCAAGUUGCAUUGCCGUACUGAUAGAUCAUACUUAAUAUCAUCUGCUCCAUGGAUUAAGAUCCCGUACCCAUUUCAGUGGGGUGCUCCCAUAUUUGCUGCAAGUCACGUAUUUGGGAUGAUGGGUGCAGUACUUGUUUCAGGUCUUGAGUCUACUGGAGCCCAUUAUGCAGCUGCUCGGCUCGCAGGUGCUACACCACCUCCUGCAUAUGUGCUAAGUCGAAGCAUUGGCCUCCAGGGUGUUGGUAUGCUUCUUGAAGGUAUAUUUGGUGCUGCAGCUGGUUCAACUGCAUCAGUUGAAAACGUUGGACUUCUGGGAUUGACACGCGUUGGAAGUCGGAGAAUCGUGCAGAUAUCGGCUGGUUUUAUGAUAUUCUUCUCCAUCUUCGGAAAGUUCGGUGCGUUGUUCGCUUCAAUUCCAUUACCAAUAUUUGCAGCAGUAUACUGUAUUCUGUUUGGACUCGUCGCUGCUGUUGGUGUCUCAUUUAUUCAAUUCGCCAACAACAACUCCAUGAGGAACCUGUACAUAGUGGGCCUUUCACUUUUCCUUGGUAUAUCUGUUCCUCAGUACUUCAAUGAAUUCACGGCUUCAGCGGGUCACGGACCAGCUAAAACAAAUGCUGGAUGGUUCAAUGACAUAUUAAAUUCUAUCUUCUCGUCGGCUCCAACAGUGGCAUUUAUAGUAGGGAUAGUGCUGGAUAACACACUGGAGGCCCGGACUUCUUUCUCCGACAGAGGGUUCUUAUGGUUGAAUCCUUUAAACAAGAAUGAUGCCAGAAAUGAAGAGUUCUAUAGCUUCCCUAUCAGAGUGCAUGAAUGGAUGCCGACCCGUUUCCUUAGAUAAUAUUGCCAGCCUCCAAACAUGUAAAUUGCACAUGUAUGCAUUCUCCAGAGUUUAUUCUAUAUGUGCUCAUACAUGAUGAAAAUUUAUGUCUGAUCCUUUACAUACCAAAUGUUUCUUAGUCAAAUUCUUCUGAAGCACUUCAAAUCUGGAAUUCAUGAUAAAGGUAGUUAUAUCCA